AUGGCACAGUGCACAUGUCUGUCCCACAAAGGCACGGUGCACCUUGGUGUCCCAUAUAAUGGCAUGGUGCACAUGUCUGUCCCACAUAAAGGCACGGUGCCCCUGUGUGUCCCACAUAAAGGCACGGUGCACCUGUCUGUCCCAUAUAAAGGCACGGUGCCCCUGUGUGUCCCAUAUAAAGACACGGUGCCCCUGUGUGUCCCAUCUAAAGGCACGGUGCACCUGUCUGCCCCAUAUAAAGACACGGUGCCCCUGUCUGUCCCAUAUCAAGGCAAGGAAGGACAUUACAUAAUAGUGGAGAGGAGGAGGAGGGAGAAAGCGGAAAGAGAGAUGAGAGAACUGGAGGGACGGAAGAAGAGGAAGGAGGAGGUGGAGCUGAGGAGGAAAAAGGAGGAAACCGAAAGAGUGAUAGCACAAAAUAAAAGGAAAGCUGAACAGAGAAGGCGUAGAGAUGAAAAGAGGGAAGCAGAAUACGAAAGGCAAACGCAGGAAGUAAUCAGGAAGGACAAGAUUAGAGAGGAACAGGAAAAGAAACAAAAGGAGAGACGUGUAGCAAAACAGGAGAGGAAAAAGGAAGAGAGAAUGAGAAGAAAAGAUAUUUUUAAAGAUUUGUUGAAUGACAUGCUGAAAGAGAUAGCGGAGGAAGAGGAGGAGGAAAAUAGGAGAAGAAAGGUCGAUAAAGAGGAGGAGAAACUUAAGAAGGCGAAAGAGGAGGAGGAAAAGGAGAGGAAGAGAAAGAAAUCUUCCAAUGAGUUUGAAGACGCUCAGGCCUCCUCCUUCCUGCAGUCCCUGGAGCCAACACUCUCUGGUGACAGCGACAGCGCCGAUUACUGA